AUGAAUCAGCCUCAGUAUGCGCCGGCCGCUACUGCGGGAGGGACGCAGAAUGGACCGCCAGUCUGUCAAAACUGCGGGACGUCCACUACACCUCUAUGGCGUCGCGAUGAGGCAGGAUCUAUCCUCUGUAAUGCUUGCGGCUUGUUCCUCAAGCUGCAUGGCAGAGCUCGGCCGAUCAGCUUGAAGACCGACGUAAUCAAGAGUCGAAAUCGCGUCAAGUCAGCACAACCCAAGAAGCGAGACAGCCAAGGCGCCGAACUUAAUGCAACUGCCACGUCGGAGAACUUUCCUACGGCGCACACAGACACCCAGGUCCUUCAGAAUCCCGAAAACAACCUCACCGCCGCUCUAGCUGGGGAGCCGUUGGCCCGAACGAGUUCUCCAGGUUCCCUAUCGACUUCAGCCUAUGGCACGCAUAACCCGAACAUUGCCCCACAACAUAUCUUUGACACCGUCUCGCUCACGACGGAUGCCUUUAUCAGCCCGAACCUGCCCUCCUUCGCACUUCGCCAGCCCAGCCCAUCGGUAGCAUCCCUCAAUGGCACAACCAACGGGAAUGGCGACAGUACCCUCAGCUACGAUGCCCUCAGCGCACACAACAACCAACUACGCACCCGUGUCAGCGAGCUCGAAGUCAUCAAUGAUCUUUUUCGCGGCCGCGUCGCCCAGCUCGAGCAGAGCGAACAGGAUGCACGACGCAGCGAGAAAGCCAAAGAUGAGGAGUUGUCACAUUUACAAGCAGAGUUGAAAGCUAUGCAAGCGAAAGCCGCAGAGCUGGAAAAGCGAUUCGCCGAGGUCGACGCCCAACGGAAUGACGGCGGCUCGCCGCGGAAAAGACAGAGGAUAGAAGACGAGGUGUCGGAUAAACCUGCUGAGACGCAUGCGUCUUUUCUCGGGGAGAAGGAAGCACCACCAAAUCCAUCGGAACAAGCAGGACAGGCGAACAACACGGAACAACGGAAGCCGAAAGAGAAGACCCCGGAAUAG